AUGGAUUCAAAUCUUCAAAUCGGUCAUCGUAAUUGUAAGCUUUUCAUCAUCAGAAUGAUCGUGGCCAUGGCUGCUCUCCAGUUUCUGGCACCAGCUUCUGCUUCCAAUGAGCAGUUUUGCUAUGCCGAGACGGGUUCAAGUCCUCCGGGAUGUUGUAUAUCCUUAUCCUCAUCAAAGAUCUUGAUUAAGGGAGGGACUGUUGUGAAUGCUCACCAUCAGGAGGUAGCCGAUGUAUAUGUAGACAAUGGGCUAAUUGUUGAAGUGAAACCUAACAUCAAGGUCUCUGAUGAUGUCACCGUCAUUGAUGCCACCGGAAAGUUUGUCAUGCCAGGAGGAAUUGAUCCUCACACUCACCUGGCAAUGGAAUUUAUGGGUACUGAAACUAUUGAUGACUUCUUCAGUGGACAGGCAGCUGCUCUAGCAGGUGGAACAACUAUGCACAUUGACUUUGUGAUUCCAGUGAAUGGGAGCCUGUCAUUAGGAUAUGAAGCAUAUGUAGAGAAAGCAAAGAAGGCAUGCAUGGAUUAUGGUUUCCAUAUGGCAAUAACCAAAUGGGAUGAGAAGGUUGCAAGUGAAAUGGACAUUAUGGUCAAGGAGAAAGGUGUAAACUCCUUCAAAUUCUUUCUUGCAUACAAGGGUUCUCUUAUGAUCAAUGAUGAGCUUCUAUUGGAGGGGCUAAAAAAGUGCAAGUCUCUUGGUGCUCUGGCCAUGGUUCAUGCUGAAAAUGGGGAUGCUGUGUUUGAAGGCCAGAAAAGGAUGAUCGAACUCGGCAUUACAGGUCCAGAGGGGCAUGCACUAUCACGGCCACCAGUGCUUGAAGCAGAGGCUACUGCUCGGGCAAUUCGGUUAGCUGGUUUUGUUAACACACCUUUGUACGUCGUACAUGUCAUGAGUAUUGAUGCAAUGGAAGAGGUUGCUAGAGCUCGAAAAUCAGGUCAGCGAGUAGUUGGGGAACCAGUGGUUUCAGGUCUAGUCCUUGAUGAUUCUGGGCUUUGGGAUCCAGACUUUAACGUUGCAGCAAAAUAUGUCAUGAGCCCACCAAUUCGAGCCACAGGGCAUGGAAAGGGUCUUCAGGCAGCAUUGUCAAUGGGAACUCUACAGCUAGUAGGAACCGAUCAUUGCACUUUCAACUCGACACAGAAAGCUUUUGGAAUGCAUGAUUUUAGAAAAAUCCCAAAUGGCGUUAAUGGUAUUGAGGAGAGAAUGCAUUUGGUUUGGGAUACAAUGGUGGCAUCUGGACAAAUAUCUGUUACUGACUAUGUUCGGUUGACAAGCACCGAAUGUGCUAGGAUCUUUAAUAUCUACCCAAAGAAAGGUGCAAUACUUCCUGGAUCUGAUGCGGAUAUAAUUAUAUUAAAUCCCAAUUCAAGUUUUGAGAUAACUUCAAGGUCUCACCAUUCAAGAUCAGAUACGAAUGUCUAUGAGGGACGGAUUGGCAAGGGCAAGGUUGAGGUAACAAUUGCAGGGGGUAGGAUCGUUUGGGAAAACAAUGAACUUAAGGUUGAACUUGGUUCAGGCAAGUUCAUUAAAACACCACCAUUCAGUUACUUGUUCGAGGGACUUGAUAAAUCAGAUGCAAGCUAUAUAUCCUCUCUAAGAGCACCAGUGAAACGGUUUAAUGACAAUCCGAGCUACAAUUCCCAACAGUAA